CAGUGACUGCCCCUGAACCGCAGUUUUUUUUUCUUUUUUCCGUUCUUUGAGGCAUCAGAUCGCCAUCACCCUCUUUUUCCUUCACUCCGCGCUUGUCCGCAUCCUUCCACGCUUCCUCCCCACUCACCCUCUCUCUUUCUUUUCAUCCUUCACCUCCCCCCUUUUCGUAAUACCGUAAUGUCUGCAUUGUCUGCAUCCAAGCAGAAGCGUCUCGCCGCCAAGGCCGCCAAGGAGGCUGCCAAAAAGUCAUCAAGCGCCUCGUCGCCCGCCACCACAAAUGGUCGCAACACUCCCGCCCCAUCGGACGGACCCGAGGCUGACGAUGCCGAUGCUCUCAUCCCCGGACUCAAUGCCAUGGAUAUCGCCAAGAAGAAGGGCGGUGACCGCAACUCAACCGGUGUCCUGACCUCUCAACCCCUCUCUCGCGAUAUCAAGAUCGAGUCCUUUUCGCUGUCCUUUCAUGGUCGCGAGUUGAUCUCCAAUACCGAUAUCGAUUUCAACUUUGGUCGUCGUUAUGGUCUUAUCGGCGCUAAUGGAUCUGGAAAGUCGACUUUCCUAGAAUGUCUGGCUGCUCGUGAAGUCCCUAUCCCCGAGCACAUUGAUAACAAAAGGACCUGUUCUUAUUUCCCACUAUUGGCUGGGCUAACCAAGGGAGCUGGGAUGAACCCUUCGCAACCUUUAACCCCCUGAUUUUAUUCCCUGCCUGUCUGCGCUCCUCUUUUCCAUAUCUCUUACAUGGCCAACACAUGCUUAUCACCUUGCUUGUUUGUCUUUUUCUGGUUUUGUGUCAAUCUCUGUA